UUAAUUUCUCUCCGCUUGUUUUCUUCGCAAGGCGCAGGCGUGCGGCGAAAUGCGAACUGUGGAAUCGGCCAACGUUACCUCAUGCGUGGGGGACGACUUCUGAAAGUCGAUGGCGAAUGUGUCUCAAUGCUGUGAUCAGAAAGUUAUGCCAUCUUUACGGACCGACGUGACUAAUGCCGUUUGGCAUGCCUUUGACUCGCUGGACGAGGGUAAAUGUGGAACUGCAUCAAAAUCUCGUGUCAAGGUAUUCACUUCAAGCUUGGGCACUGUCCUCGGGUUGAUAAAAGCAGAGGAUGGCCUUGAAGAAUUUCAAAGUGGAUCAGAACUGCGGUUUCAAGAGUACAUGACUUACUUGGAAAAAGAACUGUUUUCCAAGCUGCCCACAGAUCUCGAGCCAAAGACACUCAAAAGGUACUAUGAUCAAAUCGAAGAAAUGUGCUGGCACGUAUGCAAGAAAAAGUUCAUUACCAGAGAAUUUGUUACGUUUCCUGCACAUUGUGUCAUGCAACUUUUCCGAGUCUUCUGCCUUCUUGGGGAACUUCGCACCACUGACAAGAGCUCUCCUGAGGUUGUGAUGGUUUCUGAAGAAGUAGAAGAGGUCACGAGUACCUUUGUGCGAGCGUUGGGGAGAGAGUGGGACGCCGGAGAUUUCCACCAGAUCGCAUCCUUGCUGCCGACCUUUCGUUUCCAGUGCUUCCUGGCAUUUCUGGAAACCCGCUACACAGUGGGCACCGAACCCUGCGGACUUUUAGAGGCGACGUCUGAGAUUUAUGAUACGUACGUCGAAGACAUUUUGAAGAAGGGCUUCCUGAAGAAAAAGAUGUCGUCCCUGGGUCUGUGGUUUGAGAUGUACUGCGUGCUUCGUCCACACCAUCUCGUGUACUACAACAGCAAAGACAGGACGCGCAAGAGCGGCGAAAUACGUAUCUCACCGCGUACACGCUCAGAGCCCGUCGCUGAUACAGUAACGGGCAGAGGUCACCGUUUUACGGUGGUGACUGAUGAUAAGACUGUAGAGCUCUCAGCACCAGACUAUAAGUCUAAGCUGCAGUGGAUUGCAGCAAUUCAACUGGCCACUCAGCACUCCAGCUCAAACAGAAUGUACCAGCAUUACUUGGCAUCCAAGAGGAAAUCUGAGCGUCUGAAUGCGGAAGCUCGCAGAAAGCAGCAGGAGGAGGAGAGGGUGCAGCAGCUCCAGCUCCUUGAGAAAGAGAAAGCGGCACGAAGGGAUGCAGAAGAAAAUCUGAAGGCAGAACACAGACGACGGCAGGAGUUGGAAGCGGCGCAACAGGAGCUCGAAAGCAAGCUAGCCGAAGAGAGGCAAGCGAAAAGAGACGAAGAAAUAGUGAGGACCCUGCAGUCAAGGAUGUUAGCGGAAGAAUGGGAAAAAAGAGAGAUGCUGGAGAAAGAAAAGGAAGAACAAUUGCGCAACCUGGAAGAGGAACGUCAGCGAAGGGAAGAGUUGGAGCGAAUACGAAGGCAGAAGGACCGGGAGCUCAGCUCAAUCGCCCGGACGCUGUCUUCCCUGAAGUCCGAGAAGCUUGUGCUCACGUCAAAACUCCAGGACACAGAAAAGAUGCUCACAGUAGCCGAGACUGCGAGCAAAACUUUGGAGCGGAAACUGAAAAGCAAAAAGAGUGCCCCAGCGAUGAAGAGAGCCGUCUCUGCUGACCUCACCAAUGUUGAUGAUCUACUGAACUGGGAAGGUGGUGCAGUGCAGCGUGAGGUGUCUGCAAAAGAAAGCUGACGCCUGCUUCUAUUGGCCAUCGUUACAUCUGGUAGCUCGUGCGACAACGAAGAUGCGAAGCUCGACCUUGUUGACUCAAAGCAUUUUAUAUAUCAGUCAACUAUGUCUGUUGUUUUGACAUAUUGCCUGCUAUGGGGCCGCACUUUUUUGCUGCUGCUCAUUCCGCACAAGGCGCUGCACACAGGCCCUAAACAAGCAAACAUGUGGUUCAUACCCUGGCUUUACUCCCACAUAUAUGUAUACCCAAAGCUGGCAAGAGCUUGAUAUGAGUGAAGAGGGUUGGCACAAAGGCUGAAAUACAUAUUUUUUUAUGACAACAGCACUGUGUCAAGCACACGUGUUUAUACGCUUGUGUGCGAGAAGACCAGUGAUACAGCUAAGGAAGCGUACAUAUUAGGGACGUUGGGACACAGUCAAAGUCAUUCUGGCAUCUCUGCAGAUACAUAGCGAUAGCAGCUUGCUUGACGCAUACAUACACAUGAAGCGAACACCCAUUUCAUGCCAGUCAACAGUGUACUCCUGUGGUCUCUGUUAAUCGUGGCGAAAUGUCGGACAUAAUUAUAAACAGGUGUGACAUUGAAGAAGGUUUCCUCUUGCGAUGUCACAUCUUCUUAUCUUCGCUGGCGACGUACGUCCUUUCUGUGACUAACAUACUUUGCAAAGCAGACCGACUACAAGUCUCCGUUUUUAUUCCUCUUUAAUCCUGAAACAUUCUCUAUCAGGGUGUCUACCGACCUGAAAAACCUGGAAAACAGGGAAUUGUCAGGGAAUUUUGAUGUCACUGGAAAAGUCGGGGGGGGGGGGGGAUUGUCGGGGAAUAUGGCCAAAAAGCAGCUGGUCGGAAAAUCGCAGACAAGUGCCGUGAUAACGCCGACCUGUGGUUGAGCGGCGAUGCUGCAGCAACGUUACCACAACUAGAAGUUUGCCAGUAUGACAAGCUCUCAGGCAGAAAAUUAGGAUAGCCUCACGAAUACUUAAUAAAUGGUUUGCUUUAUGAAGGAUCUGUAUCAAAAUGCAGCCAAGUUCCCUUUUGUUUUUGUCAGGGAAUUUGCUUGAAAUAUCCAUGGAAAACCUGGAAAAAGUCAGGGAACUUGAAGGAUGCAGUUUGGUAGACACCCUGUCUAUACAACUUCGUCAGCAGUUUUUACUCCUUGAGCAACCAAUGUACAUUGCAAAGCAGAGCAGACCGACUACAAAGCUGCAUCUUUAUUUUGCUACAAUCCUCAUACAUCUGCUGUUCAUAUUGAAGUGUUCAUUCUCUGAGCAACAGUAGCUGUAGUUGCUUUUGUGCCAAUAAAUGCCAAACGGUCGUCACAUGAAAAACAGUUGCUUCGCAGGUGCUAUUUAUACAUGUUUAUGUGUGUGGAAGUCGUAAUAAAAGUGGUUUAUUCUGA